CAACCAUCACAUAAAUGAAGACAACUUCGAUUAGUGGACAAACCAAGUCAAAUUUCCCAGUUGUAUUGCAUCGGUUUAGAAUGGACAUAACACAGUCGUAAGAUUAGAAAGCAUUGAUUGUAACCGAUAACACGCGGUCACGCGGCUAGGUACGUCACGUGGUAGGUAUGGUAAGCUUUGGAGGUAUGUUCAGUUUUAAUGUUGCUAUAACUGUGAUGCGGUGCUAUUCUUGGAUUUGCGUUUUUCGAUACACAGUGCGUUAGUCCAACAGUUACGUAAACAUUGCAACAUUUGCUUGGAUAUGCAUCUAUACUUUGUGUCAGAGAACAGUGUUAUAACACGGAUAUAAGUACCUUGACAGGCCCAGCGAGGAAAACAUAUCAAAUGUAAUACUGUUCUCAAUGUUCUCGUUUAUUUAUAAAUGCCAUUUAUGAACUUGUGUCAUAGUAACUCUGUGAGUUCAAUCGGAAACAAUAUAGAUUGAAAACAAACUUACAGCAUACAACCAGCCUUUGGAUACUGGGAGUUUUGGAGAGAAAAAAAUACUUCAAGUAUACAUAUACUCUUCGGUAUACGUCAGCAGAGGUUGACAUUGAGUCUAAGUUACUACUACAUUUGUCUGAAAAUAUAAGAUGACAAAAUUACUACUUAUUUCAAACAGUUAAAUACCAACAUAUCCAUGGAUGUGUAUACAUACAUCCACCUGAUUUUAACAACGGCGUAGUCCAGUUUGGAUGGCAGACACACGAAGGACAUAUCUACACUGGUGCUAGAUGAUUACAUAUUGAUUAUAUUUACUUCUGUAAGGACAGUAUUACUCCAGGUAAAUAAUAUAAAUCAUUAACAAUGAAAUGUGAUGCCAUUUUUAUGAGGAUAGAUAUAUUAAUAUAGAUAGAGAUUAUAUUAAUAUCUGUGAACAUUUUAUGUGUAAAAUACCAGCAUCGACAAGUUUAGGGUACAAAAGUAAAGUCGGUGCCUUUUCGUACUAAACGAACCUCUGCGUCUAUUUCUUUAUUUUUUUCUGUACCUUUUUUCUGAAAACUAACGCAAAAGGUUUUUGUUUGUGGAACCAACGCUCUAUAUGUAUGAAACAAAAGUCCGUAGCCUUUUGUACGAACUACUUCCGGUGUCCAUCAAUGACCACUGGUGAUAACUCGUCAAAACAUCAUUACAACUCGGACAUCAACUGGACAGUCAAUGUAUGGGGAGUUCCCGACUGGUCAAUCGUGUCCGGCCACUGGACACUAGCCUGGCUCAGCUACGUCUACGUUUUCUGCAUGGUCUACCUCAUUAUUCUGGGGUUCGACCUCGUUCUAUACGCGAAGUUCCAGCGCCGCCUGGCGAGGCAGCGCCUGCUCAAUACCCUCCUUUGUUACGUCACCGUGUGUAAUCUACUACUGUUUGGUUUCCACGUAGUUGAUCCGUACGGCUAUUACGGGAGAAUACCGCAUAUAGUUACACGUGUCGUGUGGAAACUUCCGUAUCCGGUUUUAUCAGGAACAUUCUGUCUGCUGCAAAUGGUGAUAAUGAAACUCACAAGGCUUGACAUCCCCUCAAUUCAGCUCAAUGGUUACUGUUUCCUGGUGCUCGCCACCGGUAUAUACACAGCGGAAAUCGUCAUAAUAGAAACACUCAUUUAUCUAUCGACCAUACCUGCCAAGUUGUCGUUUAUUACAGACGCUAUCUAUGUGGUUUAUGUUGUGUAUCUUAGCUGUUGUUUUGUCUAUGGAGCGCCUAAAAUAGCACGAUAUGCAAGUGAGGCCCAGCGAGCCAAGAAGGAAUUAAGUAGCCAUAGCCUGUCCAAAAUUGAUAAGAAAAUUACUGAGGACGGACGGAAUAAAACGAGAAUUAAUUACCCAAGGAUACGCACCAAUCAGCCAGGAAAUCGAAUAUCGUUGCUAAGUGAUGAUUCGUCAGGAUCAGACAGCAAACAUGAAUCGUCAUUUAUUGAAAAGAAAAUGGCAAUUAGGCGGGAAAAGACAGCUGCAUUUGCUGCUUGGUAUAAAAACACAUUUUCACGUGACCGACCCAAUUAUAACAAAAAAUCCUGGAGAUCUCAAAAUAAUAUGUUUUGUAAUGAUAAAGUAAAAAUUAAAACAUAUAAUUCGUCUGGGUCACUAGACGGAAGUAUGACGCUACACGAUUAUAGUUCCCUCAACGAAGACAGUGGUAACGAGAGGUCAAGCUUUACACUUCCACAUUCCUCGUCUUACGACCUCAUAACAAACACUCACGUGACAAGUAAAGCGUCAUUCCGAAAUAGGGCGUGCAGAGAACGCCAUUCAACUGAAAAAUUGAGAAAAAAAUCAAAAGACGUCCGAAAUGACGAGAAAGAAACUAGUGUACCGAUGUUAUUAAAUCCGUCGAUCUUAAUAACCAACGAAACAAAGAUCUUUGAGAGCGGAUACAUAGCCGACGUGGAGCGAAUAAGUUUAUACUCAGAGGACGAUGACCAUUACAAAUGUAAGUCAAAUAGGCGACGACGGAAACACGAGGAAUUCGUACCGGAUCUGACGUUACCAAAUUCAUCAUCAUUUCUGAGCUUUCAGCGCUUACGUCAAGGACGAAUGCUCAACGAACUCGUCCGUUAUACCUACGCACUCACCGCCUUUGUUAUGUUAAGUUGUAUUGGAAGUGUUUACGGCUUGUUUAACCUGACCAGUCGAGGACUUCAGUAUUCCCCAGCAGCCAACCCAGUGUCUUGGUUAAUCAUCAAUUUCUUUCAAAGGUUUGUAGAAGCUGUGAUACUUCUGAUUUGUUCUGCGGCUGUUUACACGUCUGUAUCAUUCAGGCCACACAAGACGAGGAAGAAACGUGUGAAAAGAGUUCAAGAUAGCUGUUCGGGAUGUGAAAACUAUUGACGACUUCUACACACAGCAGUGGGUCAGUGAACGUGGUAUCUUGACAGGCCGCUGCACAUCCGGGUGGUAUUCGUCUGAAUUACGUUUUAUCAUGAGGCCCUCUUUCUAUGUCAUUAUUUCAAUGGCUUCAUUAACAAAUUAUGUUACGCUUGAUUUGAUGUCGUUAACAUAAACCUGGCAAACAUUAUUUUCUAAGAAUGUAUUAUUUUCUAUUUUGCACGUACUUACAGUGAUCUGAUAUACCUGCCCUGAUUUUUAAGUACUUUUUGUAAGUUACCAUUCUCGAUUUGCAUUUGUGACAAUAUAUUCAGCAUUGCAAAAAGCUCAAAAGUAACGAACAACCAAAAUUGCAAUGCUUCUACUUGUUAUUUAAUUUUAUUCAUAUGUUAUUUUGUAUUUUUAAUUUUUUGAGAAAUCGGAAUAUUGCAGUAAAUUUUAUAUUACUUAUUUAUAUCGGAACCGCAUUUGUCACCAUGGAAUUUGUAAUUAUAUGUUAAAAAGCCGAAUCUACCAGCCAAGUUUGCACUAGCAUGAAUAAUUGUUUUAUCUUUUACGACUUAACGUCUCAACUGUAUUUAAAAAAGUAUUUAAAGACUUCUGAAAUGAUAUAUGUUGCGAGAAAUAUCGCAGUCAAAUCGAUUUAUAUCUAUAAUGAGUAACCAAUUUACAAAUAUGUAUUACCUUAAAUUUAGUGUUUUUAUAACGACUUAAUAUAAGAAUUUAAAUUACAUACUGAAUUAUCACUUAUUUAAGCCGACUCAAAUUGUACCGUAUGUAUCAAAUUUUAACAGAUUCGCAAUUGAUGAAUUGUCGCACUGACGGUUUCUCUACUAGAAAACUAUGUUCAGACAUUUUAAUUAGCACAAUAAUAAGGUUGCGCGACAUUUAAAUAGGAAAAGCGUUAAUUUUAUAACACCUCAAUAAAAAUGGUACGUCUAUAGUAUCAUGACAUGUUAGAACUUUGAAAAAUCAUUACAUAUAGCGUAUAUCGAAAUCAAAUCGACGAAAUUUACAUGGCGGGCACGACUUGAAUUGAUACCACUGCGCAUCUUGGAUAUCCAGAAUACUAGAACAUGCUCGAAAUCACUUCUGGUGACAUGUUUCGGUUGUUCUUUGUGAACAUUGAAUUUCACGAAAAAAUGAAUAAAUCCUUGGUUAUCAUUGAUGCUUAGUGUAACCUUGGUUAGCAUUGACGCUUGGUGUAACCUCGGUUAGCAUUGACGCGUGGUGUAACCUUGGAUAGCAUUGACUCUUGGUGUAACCUUGGUUAUCAUUGACGCUUGGUGUAACCUUGGUUAGCAUUGACGCGUGGUGUAACCUUGUUUUUCACUGAUGCUCGGUGUAGCCUUGGUUACCAUUGCCGCUUGGUGUAACCUUGGUUAGCAUUGAAGCUUGUUGUAACCUUAGUUAUCAUUGAUGCUCGGUGUAGCCUUGGUUACCAUUGCCGCUUGGUGUAACCUUGGUUAGCAUUGAAGCUUGGUGUAACCUUAGUUAUCAUUGACGCGUGGUGUAACCUUGGUUAUCAUUGAUGCUCGGUGUAGCCUUGGUUAUCAUUGAUGCUCGGUGUAACCUUGGUUUGCAUUGACGUUUGGUGUAACGUCGGUUAUCAUUGACGCGUGGUGUUAACUUGGUUAUCAUUGACGCGUGGUGUAACCUUGGUUAUCAUUGAUGCUCGGUGUAGCCUUGGUUAUCAUUGCCGCUUGGUGUAACCUUGGUAAGCAUUGACGCUUGGUGUAACUUUAGUUAUCAUUGAUGCUCGGUGUAGCCUUGGUUAUCAUUGCCGCUUGGUGUAACCUUGGUAAG